AACUGUUUAUAAUUUUCAUUGUCAAAAAAGUUUUAGAAUUAUACAAAUUAAAUCAAUCAGAUCUAAUAAACAUGGGGUUAUUAACAAUACUAAAAAAGCUGAAACAAAAAGAAAAAGAAAUGAGGAUACUAAUGUUAGGAUUAGACAAUGCUGGCAAAACUACUAUUGUGAAAAGAUUAACUGGUGAACCGAUUGACACAAUAUCACCAACUCUUGGUUUUAAUAUAAAAACAUUGGAUCACAAUGGAUAUAAGUUGAAUAUUUGGGAUGUUGGUGGACAAAAGUCAUUACGUACUUAUUGGAAAAACUACUUUGAAAGCACUGAUGGCCUAAUAUGGGUUGUAGAUAGUGCAGACAGAAGACGUUUGGAAGAUUGCAAAGAAGAAAUGCACAAAUUAUUACAAGAAGAACGACUAGAAGGAGCUACUCUUUUGAUUUUUGCAAAUAAACAAGACUUACCUGGAGCAAUAUCAGCUGAAGAUAUUGCUCAAAUUUUAGAUUUAGAAAGUAUCAAAACACAUCAUUGGAAGAUCUAUAAAGCAUCGGCUAUCACAGCUGAAAACUUGUUGGAAGGUAUAAAUUGGAUAGUUGAUGAUAUAUCAAAAAGAGUAUUUUAUAAUGAUUGACUAUAAAAUUUAUUGAAUGAAAAUAGUGUAGAGGCUAAAAAUUUGUAAGAUAUUAAAUUGUAUAAUUAAGAGGCAAAUCGAAUAAUUAACUUACUAAGAAAAUGUUAUACAUAGAAUAAUAUAAAAGCUUUUAUAAAAUAUUUUUACUAAGCUUCUGCUGAUUUUAUUUCUUUUUA